AUGCACACGUUGCCCGAAUGCUUAUUGGUUAAGGCUGAUGGGUCAGUGACGUUGAAACAACUGGCCAAUGAGGGCGGUUCCUAUGAGAUGACCAUGUCGUUGAAUGAUUGUCAAGUUGAAGGGUCUCCAAUAAAAGUGAACGUGUGUCCAUUGGACGAAGAUCAAAAGGAAAUAUUAACGGUCUUCGGUCAAGGAGUUUCGUCUGCCCUCUGUGGAAAAACCCAAGAAUUUUUUAUAACCCUGCCCUUUUCUUGUAGCCCUGAUCAGCUAAAUAUAAACAUGGACGGGCCUAGCGCUGUGGACAUUCGAGCGAGGGCGUUGGAGACUCAGGACAGGGUUCUCAGGGUGGAGUACGUGGCAUUCUGUCCGGGAGAGUACAGCCUGUGCGUCACGUACAAGAAGGAGCAUGUGCUCGGCAGUCCAUUCACCGUUAAAGUGGCAGGUGAAGGUCGAAAAAAGAGUUACCUGACCAUCCACGCAUCCAGCGAGUACGAUUUGAAUGUGGAGGCGAAAGAUUUGAAAGACAUAAGCGCCGUACUGACCAGUCCUGACAACAGCAACGAACAGUGCCAACUCACCAUUCUCGAAAAUGGAAAUCUAGCUCUGGCUACAUUCCAGCCAAAAGCGAUCGGCACAUACCAAGUUCACGUGCAACAAAACUCCGCCCCUCAUCCGUCCUCGCCAAUCAGCAUCAAGAUCUCCGAAGUGGGUCACGCCAAUAAGGUUAAAGUUCAGGGUCGAUUGAGGCAGGGUCAGGCAGGCGUGUGGAACGAUAUAAAGAUUGACUGCUCAAAUGCAGGUUACGGGGAACUUUACCUUUCAAUCGAAGGCAGCCAUUGUACCGAGUUCCGAUCGAAGUCCGAUUCUCCGAAGAACCACUUGAUCGAAUACAAACCGCACGAACCUGGAGCCUAUCAGAUGUACAUCCUCUUCAACGAUGAGCCGGUACCAGGCACACCCUUCUUGUUGGAGAUAGGUGGGCAGUCCAGUGGCAAACUUCGAACAGUCAUUCAGAAGCACGUCUCCAUGUCGGAUGUCGUUCAGACUGGUCACGAUGCGAGUCUUAUGCUGGCAUUGCCUGGAUUGAAUUCGUUGGAAAUGGAGGCGAACAUACAGUCGCCAGGCGGAUUGAAUGAGUUGUGCGAGAUCAGAGACCAUCCAAACUCCAUGCAUGAAAUCAAGUUCAAGUGCUUGGAGGUCGGUCUCAACGUUAUCAACAUUAAAAAGCACGGAAUACACGUGCCUGGCAGUCCCGUGCAGUACACAGUGGGCAAGUUGCCGACGUUAGGCCUGCAUAAGGUGCACUGUUCUGGUCUGACGCUGCAGAGAGGUGUCACACAGAAAAGAAAUUACUUCAACAUAUACGUCCAUGAAGCCGGACCAGGCUUGCUGAGCGUGGCCAUGGACGGUCCGUCGAAACCCGAACUGAACCUAACGAAUACCGGUAGCGGUUUCGUGAUAGGCUGGUACUCGGUAUCGAAACCCGGUGAAUACGGUCUCGGAAUUAAAUUCGAUAAUUUCCACGUCUGCUCGUCUCCGAUGAAAAUCGUCGUUGAUGACGAGUGCAAGGAGGCCAAAUUAGUUACAGUGCAUGCCAUGAGAGAUAGGGGCGUUGAGGUUGAAAGGGCAGCGACGUUUGAAGUGCAUACGAACGGAGCACCAGGGUCACUCAUCAUCAAAACGUUGAGUCCGUCAGGCAUUCGCGGAGAUGUGCUGAUGCAGUCUGCCGAGAAAGACAUCUACAGUUGCAGUUUCGUGCCGAAAGAAAAUGGCGUCUACUACGUCGAGAUCACCCUGAACGGGACACACGUCACCGGAAGUCCGUUUGCUGUUUUGGUGGGCAAACUUGGGGCCGAACCUUCGUUGGUCACAACGAGGGGUAAGGGCCUUGAGAAGGGGGAAGUUGGGAAGCAAUGCAACUUUGACGUGGUGACUGUGAACUGUGGCAGUGGUAAGUUACUGGUCAGCAUAGAGGGGCCCGCCAAGGUUCCGAUUAACUGCACGGAGAUCGAGGAUGGCUACGAAUACUCCUACACCCCUCGAUACCAGGGCAACUACGUCAUCUCCAUCAAAUUCUGUCACGUGAGCAUUCCCGGCUCGCCAUUUCUGGUCAACGUGACUGGGCACGCGCGAAGUAAGAAACCGGACACAGUGGAGAUUUCAAACAUCGUCAUAGAUACCGUCGAGAAGAAGCCCGGAUCGAAAAGUCGUGCCUUCCAAGGUGACGCCUCCAAGGUCAUUGCAGAAGGAGUGGGACUGAAGAAGGGAUUCGUAGGUAGAACCGCGAAUUUCAAACUGGACGUGAAAGAAGCUGGACAGGGGUUGUUGGGUGUUAGCAUCAUGUCCAGUAGCGGCAAGCCCGUCAGAGAGUUGAACGUUAAGAAACAGAAACCUGGCCUUUUCCAGGGAACCUUCGUAGCCGAUGAGAAGGGAGAUCACGUGAUGAAUGUGCGGUGGGGCAAGGAGGAUAUCCCCGGCAGCCCGUUCUAUAUCAUUGUCGCUUGAACGUGGCGUCGUAUUCAGAAGGUAGUGGGGUCGUGUUCGAGUUGUUGGUUCGUUUCUAUGGCUCAUUUGGUUCCGUCUUAGGAUCAAAUAAUUUGUAUAGUUUUACAUUAUUGGCUUAUCGUUUUUGCAUCUGUUUAAAUACAUUUCUUUAGAACAGUUGAAUUAAUUUUGUUCCUGUUUUCUUCUCGUUCAAUUUAUAGCUGAUAAUUUUCCUGGCUUCAUAAUUUUUUUUAUAUAUUUUUCAAAAUAUUUCGUAUUUGACUCGUCCAUAAUAUAAACAAAUGGGUUAACAGUAGAAGAAGUUUUGAAAUUAGUAA